AUGGUGCCGUUCAGAGCUGCAUUCUUCUUCCCUCAAAAUAAGAAGAAAACGCUUCCUCCACUCCAUAUUUUGGCACCUCAGGAGCUUGAAGGGCUCUCAGAUCCGAUGAGGAAGGAUGUUUCACAAGUUCGUAAGAAGAUCAAUGCGAUUAACAAAGAGUUAAUGUCACUAGGACAUACCUGCCAGAAGAAGGAAAAGGAAUACAGAGAUGCACUUGAGGCUUUCAAUGAAAAGAACAGAGAAAAAGUGCAGCUUAUGGCAAAGCUAAUGGAGCUGGUGAACGAAAGUGAGAAGACAAAGAUGAAGAAGCUUGAGGAGCUGAGCAAGAACAUACAAUCAUUAAAGUGAAGAAAUAGCAGCCUAUGUGGGUAACUGAUGAUCUGAUUAGGUUUGUGUGAUGAUUUAUUUAAGGUGAGUUUUUUUUACGUUUACAUAUAUGGGUGGUGAUUGGCAUUUGGUGUAAUUUCUAAGUUGGUUUGUUUCAUUAAUUAGUGCUUGGUAAAAACAUUUGGCUGAUUUAGGCAGGAAAAUAACCUUUAAAUUUAAACAGGUUUGUAACUAAAAGCAUCCGGCCUUGCAUUUUUCUUCUCAUUUUUCCAUGUAUCCAAACACAUACUACCCUACUUCCUAGUGUAAUGUGGGGUUCUUUGAAUUUAUUCCUAUUCUUUGUUCUAACUUUUUCUGGAUUGCAAAGGCCAUGAUAUUUAUGUAAUAAUGUAAAGUUUUAUGAGUGAUUUUGGGACAAA